AUGACGGCGAUCUACAUCAAGAAUCGCCUACCAUCGCCCAAGUGCCAAGAUCAAACCCCGUUCGAGAUCGUCAACGGAUUUCGACCAAGUGUGAAGCACAUGCGGGUUUUCGGCUGCCGAACGUUUGUGCUGACCCCUAAGGAAAAGAGAUCGAAAUGGGAUCCAAAGGCUCGUGAAGGACGAUUCAUGGGGUACGAAGAAGUGUCAAAGGCAUAUCGCGUUUACGACAUUGAUGCGGAUCAAGUGGUGUUGUAA